GUAGAGGUUAAUUCACGUAACUGUACACGGUACAUUGGAUCCAAAAAGAAAGGGAGUGAAGGCAGAGCUGGUCUUGAUGGAAACUUAAUCCACAUGAAGGAGAAACAUGCAGAGAAGUUGAUGGUGUUUGCCGGUACCUGUAAGGGAAGACUCUUUGGUUUAAAAUUUAUACACGGAAAUAUGAAUUCCCAGAUGUACCAAGAAUUGGUUAAGGAGAAGUGCAUUCCUCAGUUGAUGGCUGCAAACAACAGAUCACUUGAAGGAAUAAUUUGGCAACAGGACGGUGCUACCAUCCACAGAAAUCCUAGAUUCAUGGAAUACCUAGACCAUCAAUUUGAUGGUCGAGUUCUUGGCCUUGGUGCUGACCUUAGGGGUCUCAGGGGCUCCACGGAUCCCGGACUUGAGUGUCCUAGACCUUAGUAUCUGGUCCAUAAUGAAAAGUCCUCUCCCCAUCUCCUUGGACGAACUUGAAGAGCGAAUCACAGAGGUGGUAGAUCAACUUAACGGAGAUCCAGCGCUGAUUAAAAGAUGUCCGUCAGCGUGCGGAGACGUGCACAGAUGUGCAUGGAGCAAAUAGGGGGCCAUUUUGAAUUCUUGAGAUAAAGAAUCCAUAAAACUAUGUUGUAAAUUUAUUGUUUAA